GGCGCUAAAUGGGAAAUGGCCAUGGAGUUUAAACAUGUGACGAGCAAAAUAACAACUUCAUGUGACCCAUUGCUAAGGAGCGGCCCAGAGACGGAGACAGACCAUCAUUUGUGUUUUCAGCAGUCGGCACUAAACCAGCAACGAGAAUCCAGCAGCCAGCCACCUGUACAGAUCUCUUUCUUUCUGAAUGAAGGCAAAGUGGCCAUAAUGCACACUAUCAAGACAGUGGAGACCCAGGUUCCCUUCCUCAAGGAGAGUUUCUUUACUUCCACCUUCAAAGGCAGGAGGAAGAGUAGUGUAACCCACAUCCUCCAUAAACAGCAAUCGCUCUUGGAUCAACAACAGUGCAUUUUAGAGCACCAGCCGCUAACUCCGAAGCAGAUUCUCCCCAGCUCAGUUGAAAAUGGAGCAGGGCAGCAGACCCCCAAGCAGCGGCUUGCUCGCUCGAUCAGCAACCCGUUAUGCAAGACGCUGGAGCCUGCACAGGCAGAUGGGGACAGAAAGGAGGGGCUAAAGGAGAGAAGGGAUCAGAGAAUGAGUGAGGCUUUGCAGGGGAGAAGCAGGGGGGAGCCUGUGGCUGACAGUGCCAGUCUCCUCCUCCUCUCAUCAUCGUCAUCAUCAGGAGCAGCAGUGCUGGGGGAGCCAGCAUCAUCCUCACAUCUGCUGUCAGCUGUGGUGGGAAGACAGCAAGGAUUAACUGGCUCUGGAAGAACUUGGACCAAACAAGGAGCAGCAUCAGUGGUAACCCAUGGGGAAGCCCAGAAUCCCCCACCUCAGGCCCAGCAGCAUGGCCUGUUAGCCAAGGGUGUUCGCCUGAUAAGGAAUAUGGGGAACCAGGAGACAAAGCAGAAGAAAGGAGGAGGAAGUGGUGGAACUGCAGGAGAUGUCAACUGUGACGGUGAAGCUGAUGAAAGAGAGGUGGACAAACAAUCUAAAAAGUCCAACAACAAGGCGAGUAAAGGAGGAGAACACAGUGCUAAGAAGAAAAUCAAGCCUGAGUCAAAAGGUUCUGUGUUUUCUGGCAUGAAGAUUAGGAAAAGUCUAUCCAAAGUGAAAGGUCUGUCUAAGGAUGACAUGUUGGAAACUGGGAAAUCAGUGCAUGUUGGCAAGGAUGAGCUUAAGACUGGCACAGAAGCAAGUUUCUCGCCCGAUGAGGUGGGCAUGGUGUCGGAUGUCGAGGGAGAUCUGAGCCGUUUGACUGCAGACAGUCGGCAGUCUGUGGAGGACUUUGGCCACAAGACAAGCUCGGGGUCGGACACUGACCUGUACAGUUUUCACUCAGCUACAGCUGAAACUGAGGAUCUCCUUUCUGAUAUCCAGCAGGCAAUUCAAGAAAAAUGUAUAGCCAGCACCAGGGUAUUAGAAGCAUUACCUAGGCCUGCAUCUGAAGGGCUGACCAGUAAGGUGAGUGAAGUCUUGGAGACAAACAUAUCUCCACAGCUAUUUACUUUGGAAAAAGAAAAAUUGUCUCCGUGUGAAAGUGUAGCUCAAGCACUUAGAAAAAUAGAGAAUAAAAGUACAGACAUACCUAUAUCCAGAAACUCAUCGAGUGAAAGCGCAGCACCAUCCUCUGCUCUGGACACAGAAAUAAGUGGCAGCAGCAUUCUUCCAAAAACCAACAGUGACUACAGCUUCCAGGACACAACAGCAACUACUUCAUACGAGAGUGCUGAAGAGCCCCAGGAUGAUCUAGAGAGCCCUGAUGUACCGCCACAGCACAGUCAAGUUCAUGGUAGAGAGUGUAGAAACGCAUGUGUACCAUGUGUCUGUCUGGAUCCAGUAUCACCUGGAACAAGCCCAGCUGGAACCCACAAGAGUGCGAGCAGUUUGGAUCUCUCGCUUGCGAGGGAUGAUGAGGAAAGUGUUAGACCAGACUUUCUGCCACUCACACGGAGGAAGAGCAGCAUGUCUGUAAGUCACCUGACGGUUGACUGCGUCCCUGGAUCUCUGACUAGACGAACAUCUGCCACCUCUCCUUCUACUGUAAAACUCUACCCUCCAGUACACCCAUCAUAUGUCAAGACCACCACCAGGCAGCUCACCUCUCCCGUUGGAUCCCCGCUUACUAGUCCCAAUGUGCCCAGGAAAAGGGAGGCCACCACUCCUUUGGAAUCCAACAAGCCUGAGGGCUUUGAAAAGCGGAAGCACAGAUCAAGCUCCAUUACCGGACCUCAUAGAGUCUCCGGAGACUGGUUGGCAGAAUUGGACUUGGGAGAGAGUCAGAGUGGGUUAGCAAAGUCUCCAGAACAGGAAACCCCAGAGAAAAGUCACACAGUGGGGACUUAUUGGACUCUUGGGUCAAAAAGGGCACAUUAUGGCAAGAGAUCCUCCACAACACCCUACCUUGAUGUCUUCUCUGGUCAGACUCUGUUGGAAAAGCUUUGCACACACCAUGGGGAUGCAGAUGAUGAGGCAAAAGAACUGUGUCACCGAAUGCUUGCCCAUGGUCUGCUGCACCCCUUCAGUGACAGCAACACAGAACACCGCAGUGAUGGGACCGUCUCCACAAUCUUCAGUGAGGAGCAGUUGUACACCUGGGCAUCUGUGGGCCUCCCAGUGUCGUCCCACUUGUGGGAGCUGUAUGGGAGAGGUUUGAGAUCCCCUUUGCACCGCUCAUCGUCCAAGCCAACCGGUGCAUUCCACUUUCAGACAGAAUCCAGCAGGUUGAAGUCAGGCCAGUCAUCUUCAGAGGAUGAAAACUGCCUCAUCCCUCAGCUGGAGAAGAAAAUUGAGGAGCUGCAGAGUAAGAUCGCUGUCCUUCAUCGGCCCUCCUUACCGAAGAGCGGUGAGGACAGUGUGGAAGUUCUGGGAAAUGCACAACCCAAGGCUUCACAGAAAAGGGUAGAAAGACUGGAGGCAUCUGUUCAAACUUCACCCGUGGAUGAGGGGCUUAAAUUUGACGCAUCUUUAAAUGGAGGAAUUGGCCCCAAGUCCUUUUCAGUCAAAUCGUCAAGCCUCAAGUCUACAGAAAGCUUUGUGUGCACCUGCAAAGAGAGGCAGCAAAACAACAUCACCCAAAGUACCCCUCUUUCUGCUGCCUCUCCACCCUCAAGAGGCAUGCCUCCUCCUCCUCCACCUCCGCCUCCACCUCCACUUGCUCCCAUACCUGGUUUUGGACCUUGUCCGCCACCCCCUCCUCCGCCUCCACCUCCACCUCUGCCACCAGGCUUUGGCCCUCCAGCGCCACCUCCUCUGCCUGGAAUAGGACCACCACCUCCUCCACUGGGAAUGGGACCCCCUCCUCCUCCACCUCCUCCACCAGGAAUGGGACCCCCUCCUCCACCACCACCUCCACUGGGAAUGGGACCCCCUCCUCCAGGCUGCAUCCCUCCACCUCCAGGUCCCAUUUCUUCCCUGGCGGUUCAGGAAGCGACCCCUGCCAAAGCCGUGAUAGAGCCCCCCAAGCCAAUGAAGCCGCUCUACUGGACCCGCAUCCAGCUGCACGCUAAAAAAAUCCCCGGACCACUGGUGUGGGAAAAAAUAGAGGAGCCAACUAUUGAUUUCGGAGAAUUUGUGGAUCUGUUUUCCAAAAGUGCUGUUAAGGAGAAGAAGAAACCAAUUUCAGAUACAAUCAGCAAAUCAAAGGCCAAACAGGUGGUAAAAUUGUUGAGCAACAAGCGUUCACAAGCUGUCGGGAUUCUGAUGUCCAGUAUUCACCUGGAUAUGAAGGACAUCCAGAAUGCUGUCCUAAAUAUGGACAACACCGUUGUUGAUCUGGAGACUCUGCAAGCACUUUAUGAAAACAGGGCUCAAAAUGAUGAGAUUGAGUCUAUUAAGAAACACAUGAAAUCCAGCCAAGACAAGGAUGACGCAAAGCCACUGGACAAGCCAGAACAAUUUCUGUUCCAGUUAUCACAAAUUCCCAAUUUCUCACAGCGGGUGUUCUGCAUCCUGUUCCAAUCAACUUUUCAUGAGUGCAUCACGUCAAUUCUGCGUAAAAUCGAAAUCCUGCAAAAAGUGUGUAAGACUCUCCAAAGUAGUGAGGCUGUGUUGCAGGUGCUUGGCCUCGUGCUAGCGUUUGGGAACUUCAUGAACGGAGGGAAUCGGUCUCGGGGACAGGCCGAUGGCUUCACCAUGGACAUCCUGCCAAAACUGAAGGAUGUCAAAAGCUGUGAUAACUCUACAAGUCUUUUGUCUUACAUUGUUGCUUACUAUUUGAAGCACUUUGAUGAGGAUGCUGGCAGAGAGACGUGCCUCUACCCUUUGCCUGAGCCCCAGGACCUUUUUCAAGCCUCCCAAAUGAAGUUUGAGGAUUUUGAAAGAGAUCUGCGCAAACUGAAGAAAGAUUUAAACGCAUGCUUGGGUGAAACUGAAAAAGUUUGCAAGGUUUCCUCUGAAGAGAACCUGCAACCCUUCAAGGAAAAAAUGGAGGAUUUUCUAGCACAAGCCAAGACUGAACUGGAAACACAGGAAAAGCAGCUAGCAGACACUCAGAAGAUUUUUUUGGAGUUGAGUGUGUCGUUCUCGGUAAAGCCCAAGGCGGGAGAGAAAGAAGUAUCACCCAACACAUUCUUCUCCAUUUGGCACGAGUUUUCUUCAGAUUUUAAGGAACAUUGGAAGAAGCAGAAUAAGCUGUUAUUACAGGAACGGGUGAAAAAGGCAGAGGAGAGCUUCAAACAAGCCAGGCAGAAGGCCACCUAUAAUGUGACGACCAAAAAUGCAACUGGAAUAAAAGCAAAGCUGGGUAAGAAGAUAUGAGGCAGAAAAUGGAUAACAGCCGCUGAGCUUUUAGCACGAGCACAAUCUACCAUGGAGGAUGUUAAAAAUAAUUUGUUUUAAGUACUUGGUCGGUUCUUGAAUUUAAGUGGACUUAAUACAAAAGAUUAAUCUGCAACCAAACAAAAAUCUUAAGUCAUUUUAGCAGGAAUAUGUUCUUAGAACAUAGUCUUUUUAGCAUUAUUUCCAAAUUGCAUCUAUUUUUUUAAAACUUUGGUAUAGUUGUGUUUCAACUUUUUUUGUGCAAGUUUCCUAUCAUAUAUUUAUUCCAAAAACAUUUUAUUUUUAGGUCUGGUGAAAGGCGCAUCUUAGAUUUUUAUAUGGGAACAUGGUGCCUUAUUGAAGGGUAGAGGUAGCAAAUGAACAAUUCAAAACAGGUCUUAUUUUUCCAAACCUCUCAUGUAAAUAAUAUGCAUGAUAACGAGAAUAAUCAAUUUUACAUGGUCUAAAGUGGUUUGGAUUUAGUCAAUUUCACACGAGUAUCAGAAAUGUCUGAUGGCUGAAAUGUUUUAGAAGCAGGACCUCCUCUAUUACCUUUUGUUAUUUAAACCCACACAUCCACAUGGUGUGAUCUGAUGAUUUCUAUGUUUUUCCGGUUAAACAGCAUUUCUUUAUUAAUAUACUUUAUUUUAAACACAAUCCUACGCAUGUAAUUCAUCUUUCUAGCUGUGUGACAGUGUGAAUCCCUUUACAUUAGACAUGCAAUUGAAUCCUGAUCAGAUUUCUUUUUUACAUGAACAAUACCAAUACUGUUUUUAAAUAACAUUGAACAUAAAAAGUGAUAUUUAUUGAAUAAAAUCAAAUAUAUAAAUUUG